UUACUUCACUUGCCUGCCACCGAACCUUCCUUGUCUCCUCCAUUGACAUUUCUACUGCGUUCAUCCCUCAAUUUGCGUGUGGUUUUGAAGAAGAUGUCGGGCAAGGACUGCGGCGACCACAGCAAGUGGUGCAAGCUCCGGAAGCGCUACUGGCGCAUCUUAGGGUGCAUCGUCGGCUUCAUAAUUCUGAUCCUUCUCAUCAUCCUCAUCAUAUGGCUGGUGCUCCGCCCCACCAAGCCCCGGUUCUACCUGCAGGGCGCGGUGGUGCUGCAGUUCAACUACACCGGCCCACCCAGCAACCUGCUCUCCACCGUCUUCCAGGUCACCAUCGCCUCCCGCAACCCCAACGACCGCAUCGGCAUCUACUACGACCGCAUCUUCGUCUACGCCGCCUACAAGAACCAGCAGAUCAGCCUCGCCACCGCCCUGCCCCCGAUGUACCAGGGCCACAACGACGUCGUCAUCUGGUCGCCCUACCUCUUCGGCCCCAACGUCCCGGUGGCGCCCUACCUCUGCGACGCCCUCACCCAAGACAAGGCUUCCGGCUUCCUCAUCCUCCACGUCAAGAUCGACGGCCGCAUAAGAUGGAAGGUCGGCUCCUGGACCUCCGACCACUACCACCUCUUCGUCAGCUGCCCGGCCUUCCUCACCUUUCAAACCGGGAGGUCAGGAUCCGACGCCACCGUCAGGUUCCAGCAGAUGUCCGCCUGCAGCGUCGAAGUCUAAGGACGCCGAGCUCCAGUCUGUGUCUUUAGCAGGUUUUUUUCUUCUCUCUUUAGGCUUAAUUAGCCGUAACGCACGCUGUUCCAUGUUAUGUAGCAGAAGGCCAGGCUGUGUGAUAGACAUAUUAAGGGGAGGAGGAUGAUGAUGGGAGAAAUUAAUAAUGGUUUAUAAAUUCCACCAAGAUCGAUUGAUGUAUUUGCAAGCCAAAUGUUGAAUACUAAGCAUCACAUGUUUAUAUAUA